UAUAAAAUAUUCGCAAAUUCGAUCGAUAUUCCAGUGACUUGUAAAGUGUUUCGCAGUUCGGUUUCUCGCAUUGCCAACGCUCCUGCCGAGUCUCUAUCCCAAUUCACCGUUAGGACCGGCAUAAAAUUUUAUUUUCUCGCAAAAAGUUAGAAGUGGAAUAAAGAGUGAAAAUCUCUCCCUCGUGAUUAGAUGCUUUUUCUGAUCUUGCGCGGUCUUUAGAGUGUGCUUCUGAAGCUGUCACAGCCGAAGUCUUGGCCAAAUUCCUGAUUUUAUGUAACUCGACUCUGUGAGCGCAGAAAGUAAGAGUGAUUUAGGGAAAAGUGAGAGAGAGUAAUUUAGUUCAACUCAAUAAAGGCAGGGUAAAAGACGAACAUGGGUGAACCACAGUUCAAGAAGCAGCCAAAGGGAUUUGCCACCAAGGCUAUUCAUGCUGGUCAGGAUCCCGAUGAGUGGAGUGGCAAUCCUGUCAUCCCGCCAAUUACGAUGAGCACCACUUUCAAGCAAUACGAUCUGGAUAAUCAUAAGGGUUUUGUCUAUGGCCGCAGUGGCAAUCCCACGAGGAACAUGCUGGAGAAGUGCCUUGCCGCGCUGGACAAUGGAAAGCACUGCCUGACUUUUGCCUCUGGUCUCGGAGCCACGACAACUAUUGUCUCUCUCCUUAACGCCGGCGAUCAUUUGGUUGUCACAGAUGAUCUUUACGGCGGCACAAGCCGCUUUCUGCGUCUCGUUGCCAGUCGCAUGAAUAUUGUAUCUGAAUUUGUUGAUGCCACCGAUGCUGAGGCUGUUGUGGCCGCCAUAAAGCCUAACACGAAGAUGGUGUGGUUGGAGACGCCCACGAACCCGAGCAUGAAAGUCGUGGACAUUGAAGCUGUUUGCAAAGCGGUUCACAAAACUCCUGGGAUCAUCGUCGUCGUGGACAACACAUUCUUGUCGCCGUACUUUCAGAGACCUCUUGAACUCGGAGCGGAUGUUGUGGUGCACUCCGUAACAAAAUACUUAAACGGACAUUCGGACAUCAUUAUGGGAGCUGCUAUUACCAGUGACGAUGACAUCCACCAAAGAUUGCGCUUCCUGCAAAACUCAAUGGGAAUCGUACCAUCGCCUUUUGAUUGUUUCCAAGUGAACAGGAGUUUGAAAACUCUGGCGGUGCGAAUGGAGCAGCAUCACAAGAGCUCCCUCAAAGUUGCGCAACACUUGGAGAAGAGUCCUUACGUAGUGAAGGUGCUGCAUCCUGCAUUGCCAAGUCAUCCGCAGCACAAAUUGGCUCUUCGUCAGUGCUAUGGCCACAGCGGCAUUAUGUCAUUCUACAUUAAAGGUGGACUAGAGCAGUCGAAAGCUUUCUUCAAGAAUCUCAAAGUGUUCACGCUCGCCGAGAGUCUUGGUGGAUAUGAGAGUCUGGCAGAACUUCCGGCAAUUAUGACGCACGCUUCCGUUCCGGCGGAGCAGAGAGAAAAGGUCGGCAUUACCGACAGCUUAAUUCGGCUGUCAGUAGGAUUGGAGAAUGUUGAGGAUCUCAUUGAGGAUUUGGAUCAGGCUCUGAAAGCUGCCGUGUCUUCGUAGAAAGUUUCAGUUGUACUGAAGAGCGUUUGAAUGGAAAAUGCAGCGAGGUAGAAUUAAAAGGGAGAUGAAAAUACGCUCAAUCGCAUUGUACAGAGAUUUUUUUUCCACUUGUAAUCUGGGCUAUAGUGAUUUUGCAUUGUUUUUCAAAGCUAUUUUUGGUUCUUUUUGUACUAUUUAACUUUGAUUUAGACUGGAGGAGCUUUUUGAAUGAGAAAAUCCCCAGCAAGAAUUUUCGCACGGAGACAAUUUCUCACUUUUGUAGUUUUUCAGGUAAAUUUGUGACAUGAAAAGCUCACUUAGAGAAACGCUCAAAAUUGUAUUUGUUUAAAUUCUGCACUCUGCAAAUUUAUAGUUGAAAAAGUGGAGUGAAAAUGAAUAAAAUCACUUCACAAUUUAUACAAAUUCACAUAAAAUACAUAUAUUUUUCUAUUUGACCACAACUGUGUUUUUGACGCUUUU